AAUAAAAAUAAUCAUCCUGAAAUCAAGUUGUGUUAGUAAGGGCGGAAAAGCCCGAAUAGAUAAAUCUAUUACAUGGCGAUCCUGCCAGGAUCCUUUACUAGAAACUGGUAGUAUAAUAAAAAAUGAAAGAGCAGGGAGGGAAAAGAAGAAAAAGCUGUUUCAUAUCAACUGCUAGCUCCCCUGAAGAUGCUAUCAAGAGAGAUCCUCGCAGAAAGUUGAAGGAACAUUACGAAGUUGGUGAUGAGGGGAUCUUAUCACCAGUCACAGAAAGACCUCAAAGUGGUCUUUCUGACCACCUUGGCAUUUUACAAAGGCCAUGCUCAAGUGGUACCCACAAGCGAGGGACAUCAUCUGCAAGAAGCGGUAGCAGCACUCCCAAGAGAAUAAAGAAAAGAGGCAUCUGACAUUCAGAUGCUCAAAGAUGUAUCUGAUAGCCUUGGUAGCCACAGCAGAUGAUUUCAUGGGCCAAUUUGUGACAGCACAAUUAAGAAAAAUCACAAAUGAUGAUAUAAAACAAGAUGUUUAUUUAGAAAUACAAAAAUUAUUGAGAGAUGCAAU